GUAACCAUCAACAAUAACACACCGUUUUAAUCAAAAUAUACAUGAGCAAAUAUAGGUGGCUGUUCUGACAGUGUUCACUGUUAGAUGUUGAUCAUUUUGUUUUAGCGUAGAUCAGCUCAAUAUUUAGCCUAGUAUAUACUUUUCAAAGACAUAAUGUGUUGUCCAAAACGGUUCCUUGUUGCAUUCAUGGGGUUCUUCGGUCUCCUGUUGGUUGUUGGAUUCCGUUCAGUCUUUGCUAUGGUCAUGGUCAAUGUAGUAAACGUGAAAAACAGGUCAUUUAACACAUCUGAUAGUAUCGUCAAACAUUGUAAUGCAGAAACCACUUGUGGAUUGUCACUGAACUGGACAGUACAAAGUACUUUAUAUUUCAAUACGGCUUUCUUUUUUGGUGAAUUGUUUACACAGAUUCCUGGGGGAUUAUUAGCUACCAGGUUUUCACCUGUGAAAGUGUGUGGUUUAUCAAUCCUUUCCUCCAGUAUAUUAUUAAUUAUACUUCCAACUUGCAUACAGAACAGUCAGUAUGCCUUAGUUAUGGUUAUCAGACUUUUACAGGGACUGGUUGAGGGACCGGCUUAUUCUUCAAUAAAUGGCGUGAUUUCUGCAUGGUCCUUGAAAUCUGAAAAAUCAAGGAUGGUAACGCUUACAUAUGCAGGUUCAUCAUUAAGUUCAGCAGUUGCUUUUAUUGUAUCUGGUGCAUUGUCUUGUCAUGUUUGCUGGAACGCACCACUUUAUGUUUAUGGCUGUUUAGGUAUUGCAUGGUCCACUUUAUUUAUGUGUACCAUCAAGGACACUCCAUCCAACAAUACACAUUUGUCCACAGCGGAACGAUUACUGUUUGAUUCAGAACGAGCUAACACAAAGAAACCAUCGUCUCAAACGGUUAAAAGUAUUCCAUGGAAAAACAUUCUAACAUCGGUUCCUGUGUCUGCUAUUUUUGUUGCAUGUUUUACAAGAAAUUGGAUGAUAUCUCUUGUCAGGACUGUUGUUCCUCAAUACAUGGAAGAUUUGUUUGAUCUCAGCAUUUUUGAAAUAGGAUUACUGUCUUCUCUAUCAGCUAUAUGUAUGGCAUUAGUUACUGUUACUGGAGGAGUAAUGAUAGAUAAACUCAUAAAGUCUGGCUUUGUUAGUACUACUGUAGGGCGCAAAAUUGCUCAGUGUUCUGGUUAUGGCAUUGAGGGGGUAUGCAUAUUCUGCCUAGGUUAUAUACAGGAUAUAGAUGCGGCUAUGGUUAUGUUAUGUGUUGGGGUUGGAGCUAGCGGAUUAGCAGUUUCGGGGUUUAAAUCAAAUUCUCUAGACUUAUCAUCCACCUAUGUCAGCAUUGUAACCGGAAUAACCAGAAUGGGCAUUACUGGAGCUACAAUUAGUACAUUACUGGUAUCCCUCCUACGUAGUAGAUUGGAGGUUUCUUUCGUCACUACAUGGAGAGAAGUUUUUAUGGUAGCUGGUUCUUUACAUAUCGCUGGUGUGAUUUAUUACGGUAUUUUUGCAUCAGGUGAAAAACAGCCUUGGGCCGACGGUGUUCCAGAAAGUAACAUUUUAGAUGUGAUUAAUCAACCGUCAGACACAAACUAUAAAAAGUUAGAAAACGACAAUGAGAAUGAUAAUUUUGUUGAAAAACUAGCAAGUUAUGAUUCUACUAAGGGACGAGUUUAUGUCGUUGAGAAUUAGAAAAUAAAACGUUACAAUAGGAGUAUUGCGAGCAAAUUACAAAUGCAGUAGGAUAAAACCAUGUAUAUAGUGAGGUAAAAUGAAGCCCUUUUGGUGACAACUCAUAUGAUGCGUUUUCUUAUAGUCCUUAUAAAACAUAAAAUUGUUUUGACCACAUCUUGUGG